CGAGCGCGCAAAAGGCAGAGGCAAGGGAAAGAAGAAGGGUAUCAAAGAUGUGGUUGUUUGCGGUAUGUUUAGCUAAAUCCAAAAAGGUCUGCCAUAGUAAACAUGUUUGAUGUGUUCUAUUAUUGUUAUUGCUAUCGUGGCAUGGAGGCAGUGCUGCAUGUAUUGGAUCACGAGAUGAGUGAUCAUGCUUGCAUAACGCUUAUGGCGGAUUGGUAUAUUUGCGCUAGUCUCCUAAAGCAAGAGAACCCAUUCUAUGUAGUAGGAGCUAAUUUAAGAUGCGGCAUAUAGAUGACUUCGAUGUAUCGAUCUUCCUAACCGAGUUAUCCGCACGGCAUUCGCUCCUUACCAAGCAGAAGAGCUUCAAGGAGAAACCUGGCCUCGAGAGUAACUCAAAGAAGCUGACCGGCUGGCUGACGGCAGGCACGCGGGAGGAUCCUUCGACGGUUCCCGCGGAGGCUGGCGCGCCUAUUGUGAUCAGAGAGGACGACGAUGCCGGGAUAGUAAUCAGGGCAGAAGACGACGAGGUUUCCUUGAACAAUAUUCCCGAAAUUCCCGAAGCUAGCGAGGAGGACCAGGCUGGCGAACGCUCGAUCGGUGAUGGGGACGUCGUAGGGCGGAGUAAGCGCAGGCGGCAGCAGAGUGAUAUGACCGUGGUUGAGUCGAGUGACUCAGACGAAGGGUUUCAAGAGGACGAACGUCCGCCAAUAAAACGCGCGAAGAAGGGCAAGGAGAAGAAUCGGGACACGGACGCUGACGAUGCAAACGAGACUGGGGAGACGGACGACAAGAAGAAGUUAGGGCUGAAGACCUCCUACGACGGUUUCAGCAUCUACGGCCGCAUCCUGUGCCUGGUGGUUAAGCGCAAGGGCGGCACCCAGGCAAAGAGCGGGAGCGGUGGCAUACCUGGCUCAAGUCAGCAGAUGAUGGAGAACUGGGUGUCGACGCAGGCUGCAGCCGAGCAGGGCGACGACGGGGAUGAAGACGGAUGAGGUAGUGUGGUGUCCGUGUUGACAGCAUCGCUUGCAUACGAUAUCGCCAGCCGGUCCCUGGAUGAUGCAGAAAAUAGCUUUCCCCAGCAAGGGGUCAUCCGACGCCCUUCCUGGCGGACUGGGCGGGCGCCUUGCUGCCCGUGCUCUGGAAGCCCACGUGGCCGCACAGUCCGAUGCCAAGGAUCGGCGAGAUCCUGGAGGAGCGCCGGCAUAACGGAGAGAUGGAGGGGGAGUGCACAGGCAAAUCUGUGGAGGGUGGUCAUGCUGGCACGAUAUGAAAUUACUGUGUGAAUGACACGACAGACGCCGAAGUUGCGGUGAAUGAGCCGCCAACGAGAAUGAAUUGAAGCAGAGGGGUGAUCCACGGUGCCACAGAGCCCACCUCACGCCAGAAUGGUAUCCGUCUCCCCAAUAGAGCAUAUGCGGCCGCAUGUCCGCACCAGAGCAGCGGUGUGGCU